UAUGUUCCCAGGGUCCUACAUUAAAUUUCAACUCAUGCUUUGAGAGAAGAGACUCUCACGAUCACAUAGGAAAGUGCCCUCCUCAGCCCUGACUCAGAUGGUGGACGCACUCCCCACAGUCACCAUUUCCACCCCGGAGAGUUCCACGCUGGCAGCGCAGCCCCUUCCCCGGCUGAGCAUCGGGCGGAAGACCCUGGUGGCAGCUGCUGUGGGGGUCAUGCUGGUCCUGGUUCUGGUGGUCCUCAUCCCUGUGCUGGUCAGCUCCGUUGGCACAGGUGGCUCAGAUGACAGCGCAAGCCACUACGAGAUGCUGGGUACCUGCCGAAUGGUUUGUGACCCCUUCCCAAACACGGGCACGUCGGACACAGGUGUGCACACGGGGACAGAUACAGCAACCACAGGCCUGCAGGUGGACAAUGAUGCAGACCUGAGUGAUCACAGCAUUGGCCCACCGCUGCCUACAUACAGUGCUCAUGGCCCACAAGGCAAACCAGGACGUCCGGGCAAGCCUGGACCCCCAGGACCACCUGGAGAGCCGGGCCCACCAGGACCAAAGGGGCCACCAGGAGAUGGUGUGGACAUUGUACGGACGGGGAUUCUAGGUUUAGGGGGUAUAGGGGCAGUUAGUACAACCACAUACAACACCACGCCUCGGGUGGCAUUUUACGCAGGACUACGAAACCCUCAAGAAGGUUACGAUAUUCUACGGUUCGAUGAUGUGGUGACUAACAUUGGUGGUAACUAUGAAGGCGCUACGGGCAAGUUCACCUGUAAGAUUCCUGGCACCUACUUUUUCAUCUACAAUGUGCUGAUGAGAGGAGGAGAUGGCACCAGCAUGUGGGCUGACCUGAUCAAGAACGGUCUGGUCAGGGCCAGUGCCAUUGCCCAAGACCAGGACCAGAGUUAUGACUAUGCUAGCAACAGUGUCAUCCUUCAUUUGGACGCAGGCGAUGAGGUUUUCAUAAAACUGGAUGGGGGCAAGGCCCAUGGGGGCAACAGCAACAAAUACAGCACCUUCUCAGGGUUCAUCCUCUAUGCCGACUGAAGACCAGGCCAGUACGUGGGCUCAGAGGUGAAAGGUCACGGCCAGAAGACAUUCACUUCCUGACUUUCGCUUGGCUCUCGCUGUAAGGUUAAUGUUGCCCAUAGCCACUGAUCCACAGUCCGGUUGUUUAUACAGAUGUUUCAGGUCAGCAUUGAUACAGUGACUAAGGCUGUGGGUCUGUGGUUAUCCGUAACUGUCUACCUCCUCAUCCAUAUGCUCCAUUGUAUACGGGGUGCCUAUGCCACUAUUCUGAUGGACGUGAGCAACGCAGCAGUGACAAGUCAUGUCAUGUGUCACGCUGAGGUGCAGUAACAGUUCUGACAGUGAAGAAGCCUCACCAUCAUUUUUCAGCUGUCAUUUCAAUUUCAAGUCUGGAAAUCUAACAGUCGUGGCGACUGCAGUGUUUGUAAAUGUGCUGUUUAGAUUUAUGUUAAGAUUAUGUUCCCUCAUGCUGUUUGUACAAUAACAUGUUGUGCUUCAAUGACUGAGGAGAAAUGCUAAGUUGUCAAAUGUUAAGUGCCAAAGUGAGAUUAUGCUUUUUUUUCUGAAUGGCAGAUAGUGUCACAAAAUGUAUUGUGUCUCAGUGUGAUGAUUUGGAAAACAUCAUCUGUCAUAUCAGCUCAUCAUAUAUUUGACAUAUUGUUAAUGUAUAAACUGUAAAUUUGAUAUUGAACCUUGAUGUCCGAACACAAUCAAAGUAGUGUACAUACACCAUAUUGUGUGUCUGUUAAAGA